GCCUUGAUGUCUUUCAUGUCGAUGCUUUGCCGCACGCCUCUCCGCCUCGUCUAGAUCUGCCGUGUUCGCCAUGUUACAGCCCAUCGCCCACCGUCGUCCCGAAGUGGGGCGAGCGACUAUCAUGCCAUCGGUCACACACAUCUACUACGCCCUUCCCCAACCUCUCCCGCGAUUCGGGGCGCAUGCGAUGCCAUGCGAUGCAGAUGGAGACCGGUUUUCGCGAGAAGACAAAGACCAGCCUUCGGAACCAGACAGAUCUCGUCGCUCCUUCCUGCAUUUUGCAGCGAGCCAAAACCAGGGAAAAGCGGAUGGGGUUUGUCUAGAUCUCGUCGGCCGUGUCGUGAGGGACCGAUUGUUUCAGACGUACGGUUGUUGGGCUGUCGAAAGCGGAGGCAGGCAGCGCACGAAAACGCUCUCUCCUGCGCUGGUCAUUGUUGCAAGCCGCGAGCAGGCACAAAGCGACGAUCAGAACGACGCGGAUCAAUAUCUUGCUGGCGUUUGGGAAGCACGAGACGACAGUAAUCGUUCACAAGUACCUUACAGCUAUCAGAAGGAGGCAACGAGAGUCGAGAUUUCGGUUGAUCUUGUGCCUCCUUUCCAGGCCAUGGGCAGCGAUAUGGUUCUUGCUUGCGGCGAGCUCCGACGACUCUCCAAGCGUGCAACCGGAGAAUUGAGCGCUGUUAUUGAUAUUGUUCAGACGACGCACUCAGUAUUGAUAUCUCCUUCGAGACGACAUGCCGGCACUAUUGGAUAUGUGAAUACGCUUAUGCCGCGCUACAAUUGUGCAAGAUGA